AUGGAUACGUUGCACGUGGGGCAUGGUCACAGCAAGGGAUCCAGCAGGAGUCAGUCCCCGUCCACGGCGGAGCUGGCGAGGGACCCGGCCGUGACGGACGACUCGGUAAUACGGUCCCGGGUCCAGUCGCCGUCCACUGUACACCACGUUACUGAUCCAUCAUCUUCACGCCACGGCGAAAACCGCCCACACCAUGUCAAGUCACAUUCCAGAGAUCUCGGGAACAGCCCACUGUCAGCUAACACCACGGGAAAUUCUACGAGGGAAUUGGAAGAUUCACCGCAGAAGAAAAAUGCAUCGAACAUAAUAGGCCCUGGAGACUAUGUUACUGCAGUUUACAGCCCCAAUGUGUCGUAUGCCUUGUCAGCUGACGAAUAUGGGUCACCUGCCUACAGAGGUCAAGAUGGCGAUUAUUUAACUCAAACCUCGGAAGACAGUGAGGGUGGAAACGUGACCUCUGCAAAGGCGCUAGCGGCCAUCGCGCAUCUGAAUAGCAAAAUUGAACGGACCAAGGACUUGAUCCGGCUGGAACAGACCAUUAGAGAUGAUAACGUAAACGAGUACCUAAAGCUAGCAGCAAAUGCCGACAAGCAGCAACUGCAGCGCAUCAAGGCGGUGUUCGAGAAGAAAAAUCAGAAGAGCGCGUUAUGUAUUGUUCAGCUGCAGAAGAAAUUGGAGGGAUACAACAAACGAAUCAAGAAUUGGGAGCAACAUGGCACAAGUGGACAGUCACAUAGACAACCCAGGGAGGUGUUACGAGACAUGGGACAGGGUUUGAAGAAUGUCGGUGGGAACAUUCGCGAUGGUAUCACUGGUCUUGGAGGCAGUGUCAUGGCCGCCCCGAGGGAGUUCGCGCAUCUCUUCUCGCGCUCUAAUCGCUUCGGUUCAGCGGACAACAUUGCUCAUCUAGCCGGAUCGCGCGCUUCCGAGGCCGGUGAGAACGCGCCCCGGGGCUCCACUCUGCCCAGGGCUGCCACAUCCCCUGCACCGAAGUACUCACCUGACGCAUCCCCCAGUUCUUCGGUCACCAGCGAGGGAGCACCAUAUCCAACGCAAGCUGGUUCCAACAAUAUGUCGGAAGCGACGUUCAGUCUCAAGCCGAUACUAAAUGAGCUGCGCGAGCGACGGGAGGAUUAUGAGCGAUUGGCGGAGAAGAUUGAUGCACUGAAGAACUUAACUCAAGAAGUGUCCUUCUUAUCCGCUGCGUUGCAAGAAGAGAGGUUUAAGACGGAGAGAUUGGAAGAGCAGAUCAACGAUCUUACGGAGUUGCAUCAGAACGAGGUGGAAAACUUGAAGCAGGCCCUAACGGACGUGGAAGAGAAGGUGCAGUAUCAGAGCGAAGAACGUAUAAGAGAUAUCCACGAGGCGUUAGAUUUAUGUCAGACGAAGAUAAGCAAACUAGAGCAAUGGAUGGCUGGCGGGGGUGCUGGUGGUGGUGGCGGGGUGGGCGGUGAGACGGGUGGUGCGGCGUUGCCGCUCCGCGUCGUCGUCGUUAAACUACUCAAUGUGGCGCUUACGCUGUUGCAAUUGGCGCUUUUGCUGGUCGCGACUGUCGCCGGUGUGGCGAUGCCCUUUUUACGCACAAGAGUGCGCGUCCUAACAACGAGUCUAGCCGUAAUGUUGGGUGUCAUGGUCCUGAAGCAGUGGCCGGAAGUCACGCAGCUAUCUGAACACCUCGUGAGACGUCUCAAGGAGUACCUUCUAGAUAAGCACCACGACAGGUAUGAGUGCAAAUCGUUGUGUGGUUGA